AUGCCCGCCCGGGCAACACGGGGGCGACUGCGUGUGUCUUUGUCAGGGAUGCGGAGAGGUGAGCUAGGGAAAGGGGAUGUGGGGGUUGGUGAAUGGGAGGAUGGGUGGAUGGGAGGUUGGGUGGAUGGGAGGAUGGGUGGAUGGGAGGAUGGGUGGAUGGGAGGAUGGGUGGAUGGGAGGUUGGGAGGAUGUGAGGAUGGGUGGAUGUCAGCCUUUGAGUGGCACUACGGCAGCAUCAGGGACAACACUAAGAACGUGAGCGCCCACCGCCCCAUCUACUGCCCCAAGAUCCUCGAUUUCUCCACAGUCGUGGCACUGAACGGGUCAUGGAACAUCGACCUUAUGAAGCGAUUCUCCACAGAGAUUCCACUUCUUGUGGCCGGAAAGCCGCUGUACACGUGGCCGUAUCCCAUGGGAAGCCCUCCCGAUCAUAAUGGAUUUGGUGUGGGGUUCCCACUUCAGGGCAAUCUGUCUCAGGUUAACACAAGCAGGGCCGCUGCCUCGGCAUCAAUGGUGUAUGGGACGCUUGCUGCCUCCGUUGACGUGGCAUCCAUCGCACAAAAGGUCCUGGAGGAGCUGUAUGCACCUGACUCAUCAAAAUCCUUUGAGCUAUACGACAUCACCGACCCAGCCUCUCUCUUCGCCAUCGUCUCACCAGUCCCCCCUCACGCUUAUUUCCGCCCGGACGACUCUCGCUCCUACAUGCUUCCCUCGCCUCUCUCCGAAACCCGCCCCUGGGAGGGACCAUCCGUGGUGCCUCUGGACAAGCUGGGAGCGGGCGUGCGCAAGUAUGAGGCCUGGUGCAGGUGCCCCUGGAAGGGACCGGUCGUAGUGCCUCUGGAUGAGCUGGGAGCGAGCGUGUGCAAGUACGAGACCUGGUGCAGGCACACCCAACCUCCCAACACGUGGCAAUCAUGGGGAAUCCCCAUCCUCAUCGCCCUCUUUACCCUCCUCCUCGUGCUGCUCGUGCUGCUGACGGCGCGGAUCCAACGAGCGCAGUUCUUCCAGACCCAGCAGCAGAUGGCAGACGCCGACAGGCUGAGGAGGAAGGCCGAGGAUGCAGAGGCGUCAAAGAGCAUGUUUGUGGCGGACAUGUCGCAUGAGCUCAGAACACCAAUGAUGGGGAUCAUCGAUUUGGAGGGAGCAGAGGCGUCAAAGAGGAUCUUUGUGGCGGACAUGUCACAUGAGCUCAGAACACCAAUGAUGGGGAUCAUCGGCAUGCUCGAUGCGCUAGCGGACAUGGCUCUCCAGCCCCCUGAGCUGUCAGACCUCCUCACGGCACGGGGGUGUGCAAUGGAUGCCCUGCAUCUGGUCAACCGCGUGUUGGACCUGGCGAAACUGGAGGCAGGCAAGGCGGUGGUGGAUGAGACGGUGAUUGACGUGCGGGAGUGGCUGGAUGCUGCGUUGCACUGGCACGCAGAGGAAGCGCGCUCCAAAGGCAUUGCGUGUGAGUGA